AUGAAUAUAGCCAAAGGUCUAUUUCGCAAGCUGGUCAACACCGAAGCAUUGGUGAAGUCUAAAGGCUUUGAUGUAUCAGAGUGUGCUGAAGAAUGUUCUGGAUGCCCAACGAAAUAUCCAUCAUCGGUCAAAAUAGAGUACGAUGGUGCAUUGUGGGAUCUGACGAAGCCUUAUGGACUACACUUGGUUGUCACCACGGGAAAAACCGACUGGCCACAUGAUGCUUGCCUGACUAGUCACACAGUGGCUCACCAAGUCCUGAAGUGGGCAGACAGUGCCAAAUUGACUGGAUUGGGAUCUGAAUCAGAUCCUUCAAAUACUAUCAAGGUUUCUACAUCCUCAAUAUUUCUGCUCAAUCAUGAAAAGAGUUCAGACUACGAUACCAAUAAAAUUGCCGAUAUACUCAUUUUACCAUUAUUUGUGUGGAUUAGAGAUGUUCAUGAAUCAAAUGCGAAAGAGGUUUUAUCUAAAGUUAUUCCUGACCUCGUUGAGGCACAUGUUUCGGGAAGCAAGGACCCAUUCAAAAAGGAGUACCCUGAGUUUCCUGAAAUCAAAGUCGUUCCUGAUCCCCUGAAAGCUCAUGUCUUUUUAUGUUCGCAUAGAACUAGAGAUAAACGGUGUGGAGUCACUGCGCCUAUAAUGAAGAAAGAGAUGGACAUACACUUGCGCGAUUUGGGUCUUUUGAGAGACUUUGGAGAAGAGCGCCCCGGAGGGGUUCAUGUCUCAUUCAUAAACCACGUUGGUGGCCAUAAGUAUUCGGCAAAUGUAAUCAUUUAUUUGAAAGAGUCGGGAAAGAAUAUCUGGCUCGCACGCUGUACCCCUCCUAAUGCAGUUCCCAUUAUCGAUGAAUGCAUUGUCAACGAUGGAAAGGUAUGGCCUGAUAAGGUCCGCAUUUUGCAGAAAUUCAAGCCAGUCGACUGGUAA